GCAUCUCUGUGUUCAGACGGAGUGAAGCAGCCAGGCUGUGGAGGCGAUGAGGAAGAGCCUCAAUACUUCCCUCAGCGACUCCCUCAGCACGGCCAGAGUGUUCGGGAUCCCCCUGGAGGAGGUGCAGCACAGCGGCCAGCCAGGAAAUGAGGUCCCCCUUCUGGUCAGGAGCAUCGUGGAGUACAUCGAAGAGCACGGAGGGCUGAUCCUGGAUCUGUUUCUAGUGAAUGGGAACGCAGAGCGCGUGGAAUGGCUCAAGCAGCGCUACAACAGUGGUGUAGAAGUGAACCUGGAGAAGGAGGCCGACCUGGCGUCAGCCGUCAGUCUGCUUCGCCUCUUCCUGCAGGAGCUCCCCGAGCCUAUCAUCCCUGCAGGCUUACAGGCUCAAAUAAUGCAGAUCUAUCAAGACUACAGCAGUGAGGAAGAGCUGGGCAGAAACAUGAAGUACUUCCUUCUACAGCUGCCGCAGGUCAAUUACAGCUUGCUCCGCUUCCUGUGCCAGUUUCUGUCUGGUGUGGCGUCUCUUCAGGAGGAGAGCUGGAGCAUAGGAGCUCUCGCUGCUGUUUUCGGGCCAGACAUUUUUCAUUUAGAGACAGAUGUGGAGGAUCUGAGAGAGCAGGAGUUGGUCAGACGUAUUCUGGCAGAACUGCUGGAGAACCAGGAGGAGUUCUUUGACUCGGAGGACGAAGACACCUCCAACACCAAUGACUACAGCUCCAUUAACGACCAGAUCACUGAGCUCCUGGAGGAAGAGAAGUUGGAGGCUUGUGAGGAGCUCCCACGGGACGGAGAGGACAGUCCUUCCUCCAUGUCUCCUAAACAUGCCCAUGUCGACCCCUCCUCCAGUUCGCACAUUUCUUCCAUCAGCAUUCUUCCAGGAUCUGCUGCUAUAAUCCAGAGGAGCAUCCGUGCUGCAGUGGAACAGCACUUGUUGGAUUUACAGACGUCUAUUGACAAGGAGCUCGGCAGCUAUGAGAGUCAAGCGUUGGACUCCAAACCCCUUCAGGGAAACAGCCCUCUUCAGAAGACACCGGGGUCUGAGGAGCAUGAAGAUGUGAGGUCUGAAUCUGAGACUCUCUCUGAGGUUACAGAGGAGGGCCUGCCAUCAGAGAAUAGUGAGGAAUCUCAAGGCUCUCAGCUCGGCAGCCCUGUCACAGAAGAAAGUUCUGGGAUGGACCUUGACACGGAGACUCGCAUAGACGCUGAGCAUCUCAGCACAGAAAGACUGGAGAACUACCCAGAUGAUGAGCAGAUGGACCAGGCUGAUGUUAUCCCCUGUGAGCCCGGAGACUGUGACCUGAACGCUAAUACUGAGUCCACAGAGCCAGCCAGCCCUCAGUCUUUGACCAGAAGCAUUCUCUCAGACAGUGAACAAGAAGACCCUGUGCCGGUGUUCAUGUCAUGGCAAGAAGACACCGAGUCAGGGGAGGCCCAAUUGUCUCCGCUGGCUGGCCGCAUGAUGCCCCCACCUCUUGAAGAAGAUAUUCAACCAUUACUGGCCCGGCGGUUUCUGGAAUUUGGCCACAGUCAGCGGUUCUUACAGCAGGACCAUGAUGCUACAUCCUCCACCAAAGCUUUGCCCUGUGGGAGGCCUCGCCGUGCUUCCCUCUCUUCCAAAGACAGUCUGAAGGGAGACACCGUUUCCCAACAGUUCACCAAGAAACUCCAGAACCUCAAGAAGAAGAUCAAGCAGUUUGAGGAACAGUUUGAAAAAGAGAGAAACUACAAGCCGUCUCACGCUGAAAAGGCCACUGAUCCGAAAGUGCUGAAGUGGAUGACUGACCAGACCAAAAUCCGCAAGCAGCUCAAAGCAGGACGACAGCAGCACCUCUUACCCAAAGGUUCCCUGAGGCACCAGGCCAUGCUUCAGUCAUACCGACGCCACUCGCCCUCUUCCUCCGUCCCGAACACACCCCAUUUUACUCUGUCACGCCCCCUCAAUGCCUCUAGACAGGCGCCCCACUUCUAUGCCAAACACAAGGCUGAGAGUGAGCUGACUCCACAGACGCGUCCACGCAGUAACACUCUGCCCAAGAGCUUUGGAUCCACGCUGGAUCAGUCGGCUCACGAGGACUCUGUGGAGAGCGAGGCACGGGGUGACCGGCCCACAAGAGAAGAGACGCUGAAGCUCAUUCUGCACUGCAUCCAAACCAAGAGAGCCGAGGAAGGCUGGCCAGAGGACGUCCGAAAAAUGACAAAAGAGCAGCUUGCCGGUGAGAAAACAGUACUGCAGAAGAACCUUCUGUACUAUGAAGGAAUUUAUGGACGCCCAGUGACCCGAGAGGAGCGCUUGAUUGUGAAACCCUUGUAUGACAGAUAUCGUCUGGUCAAGCAGAUGCUCACCCGUGUCAGCAUCACCCCUAUCACAACUUCUCCCUCCAGCAAACGACGCAAUCAGAUGCUACAGCCCAUCAUCGAGGGCGAAACUGCCCACUUCUGUGGUCAGAUCGAAGAAGAGGAGGAGGAGGAGGAGGACAGGGGCCAGCAGGAAAACAUAGAGAUGCAGACAAGCGAGGGUUCGGAAAUCAUCAUGGACCCAGUAUCCCAGCCCACUCAGGAGAACAUCCUCAGCUCUGGGAAGAUCAGUUUUGAUCUGCGUCUGUCCAGUUCUAAUGCUUCCUCAAUGCCCGAGCUCCUGGAGCAGCUGUGGAAGGCCAGAGCAGAGAAGAAGAAACUGAGGAGGACCAUCAGAGAGUUUGAAGAUGAAUUCUACCAACAGAAUGGCAGGAAUGCUCAGAAGGAAGACCGCGUGCCUAUGAUGGACGAAUACAAGGAGUACAAGCGCAUUAAAGCCAAACUGCGGCUUCUGGAGGUCCUCAUCAGCAAGCAGGAUUCAUCCAAGUCCAUCUAAAGCAUCUCAACAUCCUGACAGUAGUCCAUCAACGUCCACCUCAGCCACUGGACAAGAAGA